AUGAAUGAAUCAAAUAUCUUAUAUCAUCGUCCAUUAUAUCCACGUAUGGGUGUACAACAUAUACAUAAAGAAUUUAUUAAAUUAGGAACAAAAUUUGAAAAUGAGAAUUCAACUAUCAUGAUGAAAAAUUAUAAUUCUAAUAAAUUUUUAAAAAAAAAUUCCAUAUCAAUAAUUGAACAACAAAAAAAAGAGAAUAAUAAAUUACAAGAGAAAUUGAAAACAAUGAAAAAUGGACAAAUAUUACUGAACACAAUUAUGCCAACUACAAGACAACCAAUUAAAGCAAAGCAUAUAUUACGCAAUCAAGAUAUAUCUGAAUUAAAUACGUCCAUGAGAAAUGAACAGAAUCCUUGUAAUAGUUCAAUUACUGAUGAUGUUAAUUGUUGGAGGACAACUAACUGUGAUGCAACUGAAUCAAAAAAGAUUUUACAUAGUAGUUCGAUUGCAUCAUCACCAACUGAUUUAUGUUCUUGUCAAACAAUAAAAAUAUGUCCUAAUCCAGAUAUACAAAGAAGAGUUAGUACAGAUGGUGUUUCAUUGACAAAAUCACCAAGAUUCACAGAUUUAAGUUGGAGUAAUGAUAAAUCCACACCAGCAAAGCGACAGAACAUAGAGCAUUCCUGUAUACCACCGAAUGUGGAUCUACUGAAUAGAAACGAUCAAUUGUCAGAACAUUCACUAAAUUUUUCAAUCAAUCAAAUCCCGACAAGUGAUUAUGCGUCAAUGAAUUCUCUCAACACCAAUUCUUGUUUAUCAUCAUCACAAUCUAGUUUGAAAAAACAAACUGUUUCUUUAAAAAGACGUAGCCGAUGGAGUAUUGAUAUAACAAAACGAUCUACACGUCGUAGUAGUACUGGAAGUUUAAAAGUGAAACAAUUAGAUAUUGAACAAAACAAUAAGAAUUUAAAUGUAAAAGAUACAAUUCUAGAGUCAAAAUUAGAACGUUCUGAUCUAUUUAAAGUGAUUAGACGAUCAGCACGUCGAACAUUAAGUAGUUUAUGUAAUGUAUUACGAUAUUCUAAUCCAAAUUUGGCAACUGCCUUAAAUAAUUCAAAUAUAAAUGAUCAUUAUACAAGUUCUGAUCCUGUUCAAUUUGAUGAACACCCUAUCGAUAGUUCUUUAUCCACACGAUCAGUUGAAGUAAAUGAUCGGGCAGAAGAAAAUAUUUAUAAUAGUAUUAAUUCUCAGAAUAACACUGUUUUAUCACGAUUUGUAACAUUGAGAAGACCUGAUUUAGAUGAACCAUUCGGUUUAUUCGUGAUCAAAUCUGAACAAGGUUAUCGUAUUACUCGUUUAUCAGAACGAUUCAUUGAAAAUAAUCCAACGAAUCAAAUAUCUAUUGGUGAUGAAAUUAUUCAAGUAAAUAAAAUUGAUUCAAUUAAAUUCACAAUUCAUGAAUUACAAGAAUUAUUUCAAAAAAGUCAAACACUUUUAUUGACAAUUAUUCAUCCAUUACAUUAACUUGAUCUCUUAUUCUUCCAUUUGAUCGGUAUUCAUUUAACCUGUCAAUAAGUAAAGAUCAGUAUGAGAAGAGGGUUUUGUGGAGAUUGUAGCAAUUUCAAUUGAUUCAUGAUCUCAACUUUUUGAAAGUGAAGAUCAAUUUGAAAAUCACAUUGUAUCAUUCUAUUAAGUGAUAGUUUACAUUAGUUUAUAUAUAGAGUUCUAUAUCCAAAUGUUCAUCUCAAAGUUACCUGUUUUAUUAUUACUAUUAUCAAAUAGUUUGAUGGUUUAUUUUGUAAACAUUUACUUAUUUAUUUUUCUACUUAUUUUGUAACUUUUCAUUAUUAUUACUUUUGUGCAUAGAAUAUAAAUAAGAGAUUGAUUUAUAUAAA